AUGACCCGCCGCCCAGUUCUUCCUGCAUGUUUGGCCAUUGCCGCUGGAUUGGCUUGCAUCAAUGGGCUUUGCCAAGCCUUUGUAGCAACACCAGGCCCUUCUGGCGCUGCCAUGAGUGUCAGACCAGCAAGCAGCUCAAAGUCAACGAAGCAAAGUGAUUUUGCUGGCAUCACUUGUGGUAUGGCCACAAGCGUGGCUGUGGCAGCCAUUGCAUCGCGGGCUUCUCGUGUCAUGGUGAGGGCAAAUCAGGGGUCUCCCAGCUUGAUCCAGGUGUUGGAGCAGAAGAAGCUUCUUUCCACCUUGGAGAACCUUCGCCUGCUUUCGGCGGCGGAAAAUGCCGGAGUCAAAGUCGACACUGUGGAGGAGCUCGGCCUGCUGACAUUUGCUGAAAGGCUGGGUCUUUUGAGCUUGGCAGAAAACGUCUUGACCAAUGGCACCACACCCUUCCUGAUGCUCGCAGGAUCAGGUGUCUUGGGAUUGCUUUCCCUUACUGCCGCCAGCCUUUCAGAAGGAAGCUUCUUGCAGUAUUUCAUUGCAGGCGCUUUGGGCGCUCCUGCUUUGGUGCUGGCGGUGGCCGCACUGGUGAUCCUUGUGGUCUUCGGCGGUGCUCGAAGGACUCGCAACAUCGAUGUUGAUGAGAAGGUUGUUGAAUAUGGGCCGAAAGGCUUCAACUACAGCUCCGGAACGCGAUCACGAUCUUUGCUGGAGACCGUGGAGCAGAAGCGACUGCUUUCUUUCUUGGAAGAAAAUCGCCUUCUCAGCUUGGCUGGGUCCCUGGUGAAUCGACCUUUGACACUGACAGAGAAUCUCCGAGUGUUGAGCACCCUGGAGAAAGCUGGGAUCCUUUCCCAGGUGGAGAGCCUCGCAGCGCAACGCUAUGGAGGUGUUCCCUUCGGCCUAGGAGGCUUCGCAAUCUUGGCCGCGGCGGUGUUUGCAGCGUUCACACUGCCCAACGGACUGGUGCCGGCUCUGCUGCUGGCACUGCCUGGGUUGGUUCUGGUCAUCAUUGGCGUAGCAAUUGGACUGGUGAAGCCUCCCUUGUUGGGCAGCUCAGGGUGGAGAUUUGGAUGGAACGAACAGUCAGCGGAACAUGAAGAGCGUAAGCUCUCGCAUAUUUUCCGUGCUGUGAGACUUGCCACUUCGCAGAAUGCUCUGCAACCUCGCUUGGAGACUUACUUGGAUGAGGAUUGGGACACUGUCUUGAACAUGAAGGAUGCCUGUAGUCGGAAGAGCAAAGCUCGCAAGUCCACGAACAUGUCGGUUCCAAGUGACGGCCAGUGGAGUAAGCUUUUCACUGGACAGGUGAGGAAUAUGGUGAGAUCACACGUGUGGUACUUUGUCCUCGUGGACUGCAGUGCCUUGCAAGACAGUGUGAAAUUUGAGUACGAAAUAUCUCAGCUGAACCAGGGCCAAUCUCACUUCUCUGUAGAAACCAGAUGGACGCUUCCGUCGAACAUUCUUUCGCUUCUUUGCUUCGUGCUUUUUUGCGGCCUCUUUGCAAAAAGGUGCUUGGCAGAAAUGUCCAGUGUGGGAAGAUUGCAUACUGUGAUUUGGGCUUUGGCCGCCGUGAUUGCCAUGCAGCUUCUGGCACAGUCGCUACAUGCCUUGCAUUUGUGGAGGUACAGCUACAAUGGCAGUGGUAUCAAAAUCUUUGAAGCUACUGCUGAAAUCAUGUUCAUUUUGUCUCAGCUGGUCCAGUCAACGCUGCUGAUUCUGAUUGGGUAUGGUUACACGCUCAUGCCUGUGGAUGUGCAGCCAGGAACAGUCUUGCUGAUUUUCAGCAUAAGUGCCGUGAUUCACAUCAUCUUAGUUCUUCUCACAAAGGCAGAGGAUUCGGCGGACAAAUUCCACGACUAUGAUGGCCUUGCGGGAAAAAUGCUGCUUGGCUUCCGCUUGGCAGCUUUCGUCAUAUUCCUUUGGUGCUUGAAAAGCACCAUCAGAGGCGCACCCUUCAGGAUUCGCAAUUUGCUGACAAAGUUUGGCUUUAUCGGCACUUUGUAUUUCGUGGGACCUCCAUGUCUUGUGCUGUUGGUUCUGGUAUUUGCACCGUACUGGCGGCCGCCUUUAUUGAACACGAGCUUGAUGUUUCUGCAGAUUGGCACUGCUUGGUGGUUGCACAACCUCUUCCUAUCCAGAGGAGAAUAUUUCAAGGUGUCGGAGCUCAAUUCCUCGAGCCUUCCAGGGGGAACACCUCGGUCUCCUCGGGAUUCGCCGUACUCACCCAAGAGAGAUUAG